AACUAAAGAAGCCCAACACAUCCCAUCAAAUACCUAAAUAUAAUUUCAUUCUCUCUUCGUUUUCUUCUCUCCAUUUUCAUCAAUCCUUCUUUUUCGAUCGAUUAGUAGCUAAGACUGAAACCCUAGUUUCUGCUCUGAGGUUUCCCAUCUUCUUUUUUCAGCCACAUAUACUGUUUGCAGGUGGUGCCAAUGUCGACUCCUGCGAGGAAGAGGCUAAUGAGAGAUUUCAAGAGGUUGCAACAAGACCCGCCUGCAGGCAUCAGUGGGGCACCCCAAGACAACAAUAUUAUGCUCUGGAAUGCUGUGAUAUUUGGUCCUGAUGAUACUCCAUGGGAUGGAGGCACAUUCAAGUUGACUCUUCAGUUUACAGAGGAUUAUCCGAACAAACCCCCAACAGUUAGAUUUGUUUCUCAAAUGUUUCAUCCAAAUAUUUAUGCUGAUGGAAGUAUUUGUUUGGAUAUUUUACAAAAUCAAUGGAGCCCUAUAUAUGACGUAGCUGCUAUACUCACAUCUAUCCAGUCAUUGCUCUGUGAUCCCAAUCCAAACUCCCCUGCAAAUUCUGAAGCUGCUCGGAUGUUUAGUGAGAACAAACGUGAGUACAACCGAAGAGUAAGGGAAAUAGUGGAGCAGAGCUGGACAGCAGACUAGCGUGCCCUUAUGCAUUUGGUGGGGUAAUUCAAGUCUGAAGGUUUUUGGGCAUGUUAUUGACAUUGCCAUUUCAUUUGUUCAAUGUCUGGAGUUGUUGAAUUUAUGCAGUAUUUGUCACAUCAUGCUUUCAUAAUUUGAACGUUAUAGCUAUUCGAUCCAAAUAUAGUUAUGACUUUUCAGUGUGUUGAGUCUUUGGUCUCUUGUAAAAUACAGUUUUAUGAAUCAGUUUGCAUUGAAUCUC